AUGACAUCCUUCUUCAACUACCAUGAAUACAUUAGCUCCAACGAUCGGGCCCAAACCCACCAUCCGAACAUUUACGUGGAGUAUGGACAAUCAGACACCAAGCUGAGGAGAUGUGUGAGGGUCCCAAGAGACUACUCAGUGGUGGGCGAUGAGUACCCUUACUUCUCGACGCAUUUUGUUGGCGAGGAACCAGGCGCUUACCCUAGCGAAGAGGGUCCAACCUACGACUCCCGCAGCCCACUGAAGGAUAUAAUAUCCUAUCAGGAGUACAAUGAUAUCGUGGGCACCAUCAACGGCUACAUGAAGCGUGCAUUUUCGCCCUGGCAGAAAUGCCAGUUUAUCGAGACAGUGCUUUCAUUCCUGACCCUAUGGAUAUUCGAACGACUAUUUGCUUCAAACAACGAAAGGGUCUUGGCUCAACUGGAUGAGUACAUCGAUCAGUUGAACAGUAAGAACGCAGACCGUUUCAUUUUGAUCAACCCACGCAAAAAUGGAUUUCUCUCCUUGGACUUUUUGGUGAUGGUAGGAGAGCCCAACAUAUAG